UUUUUAGCAAUCUCAUUCAUAAGUACCUCAGUUAAAGAGGUGUUUUAAAUCUUUCAGAGUGACUGUCACGCCCAGUAAGGAGCCGUUCAGAGUAAACGAAUCAUGUACCAGUCACGUACUCCUCUAACUGUUGCAGCUGCCCGGAAAGCUAGUUUUAGACAACUGGCUAGCCGUAGCUAGUUGGACAACAGCGAAUCGCUUUAUCAGCUUUUGUAUUCAGCUACAGUAUUUAGAAAAAAAUACCAUCCAGUGCAUAAACAGCAAGUGGAGGGAAAUUUACCAAAACUGAGAGUUUUCCAGAGAAGAAAUGGAAGGAGACGACUGCAGUUUUCCUCCAGAUUCGUCGGAUGAUCACUCACAAAGAGGAAGUGUUGCUUCUUCUGCAACUCUUUCACGUGCUCAAGAUGUGCUUAUAUACCUCUGUGGUGACAGCGCAGUACACUUAUCAGUAGAAGGGCUUGGCAGCGUCUCUGUGCAGGAGUUGGGCCGCAUUGUUCGUGAGGCUCUCCAUAUUCCUGAUUCUACACAGGAUGCUUUUGCCUUCUGGCUUUGUUCUCCACUGCUUGAAUUGCAGCUAAAGGCAAGGCAUCAACCAUACAAACUGUGUCGGCAGUGGCAGGACUUGCUGUAUCGCUUCACUGAGGCCUCAGAGGAAGACAUUUCACAAGAUGAACCAUGUCUCCAGUACCGUCGCAAUGUGUUUUACCCUAAAUCUAAAGAGCUGCAGAUAGAUGAUGAGGGCGUGCUGAGGCUCCUGUAUGAGGAGGCCAGGGACAACAUUCUCACAGGUCGAUACCCCUGCGAUCCCGAGCACUGGGCGACUCUCGGAGCCUUGUCUCUUGUUCUUGAUGAGGGAACUGGUCUUGACGGCCAACAGUUUACUUCGACUAUAAGAGAGAAGAAGCUGUCCUCUUUUCUGCCUGCACACGUUGUCAUGGGGAGCGGAGGUCUGCUCUCCACUCUGAGAGGGAAGUCGAGCCGUCAGGCAGGGCUGGAGCAGAACCUCUUGGAGGAGUACAGAAAGAUCAGCACAUCUGUUGGAAACUUCGCUGAGCCCACACAUCUCCUACACCAGUACCUCAACAAGUGUCACACUCUGCCUUAUUACGGGUGCGCUUUCUUCUCUGGGGAGAUUGAUAAACCAGUGCAAGGGAUUCUCCAGAGGGCCAAACGCAAAGCGGUCAAUGUUGGGAUCUGCCUGGAGGGAGUUUAUGUGAUGGAUGUCAAAGAAAAGCACGUACUGCUCGGCCUGCAUUUCAACGAGCUUUCCUGGGACCACAGCUACCCUGAGGAUCAGGGGGACUCACACAUUCUGUGGCUGGAGUUUGAUGGAGAUGAAGACGGCACUCCUGUCAACAAGUUGCUAAAGAUCUACUCUAAACAGGCGGAGCUCAUGAGCGGCUUCAUUGAGUUCUGCGUGGAGCUGAAGUCUGCGUCCGAGGGAGGAGCUGCGGCCGAUACGGACGGUGAGGUGGGUCAGUCUCAGCAGCCUGCUGGGCAAGACGGCAGCAACAAGAACGGACGUGGAGGACGACGCGGGAUGCUGCAGAGGCAAGGCAGUGUAGUGUGCAGCCGGGUCCAUUCACUUAACACCAUCAGCUACGUGGACAAUGGAAAAGAAAUCAAACGCUUGAAGCCGAAGAGAGCCGCGUCCUUCUUCACCCGACAGGCGUCUGCAACCACGUACUCUGCUGUGCAAGCGACGGAGAGCCUGGAGCAGGGUUAAGCUCACUGAUCAGCCACGCCUCUCUCUCAAAGACCAAACCUGAACAUUUUACACUGAGAUUUAAAGACUUGAUAAAAGCUUGAGACAUUUAACUGAUAAUAUAUUAACAUGCAAAGGACCAAGCGAGGGAUCUAAGUGUGAAUGACAAUAUUUAUCUGUUGAAGUUAUGUAUAUUAAGAGAGUACAGUAAUGUGAAAAACAAAAUGAUCUAUUAACCGCUAUGCUUCCAAGGUUAAACUGAAGCGGCUGUACAUUAGAUGGCCUUACAUGUAGAGAAUAUAGCAUUAUGCGAGCACCAUACGAUGGGCCUCCUUCAUGAGACAAGCCUUAGAGAACUCCUCAGACAUCGACUCCAGCUGAUGACUGUACGGUAUAUCUUUCUGCAGUGCUCUGGAGCUGCGUUUACUCUUCAUAGUCAAACAUGUUAAACCUCACUAGAGUAUAACCACUGCAUUACCUCUUUUUACUCUGACUGGGGGUUGAACACCGAGAAUAUCCCACCUAACAUUUUGUAAGAGUUGCCACAAACUCUUUACAGUCAGCAUGACAAGCACUUUCAGGGGACGAUUCGGGGGCGUGUUCCCACUUCUCUGCUUCUUCAAACUGCCAGUGCCUUGUUCUCAUGAAAGGGUGAAGACACUUUAGAAACGUACUGGUAGAAACACUUAGCGGUUAGCGUUAUUGAUCAAAGGAGUCCGUAUGGGAGCACCUUUUCUGUGUUGUGCAAGGUUCUUGUAAGUACAUCCUUACUUAAAGUUUGACCGCAUUAAUACAUGCUGAUAUUUGCAGCUGAUUAGCCUGAAUGUAGUCUAAUCAUGGACGAUAACAGGAUAACAUUUUACAGCAUCGAGCUGUAGAGGCUAAAAGUACAUAUUCAUCCUUACUGGAGAGCAUGAAUUGAUUCAGACUAAUAAAAUCAAAUUCAAAUCACAGAACACCCAAACCAAACAGUAAAAUGACGUAAAAAUGAAUCCACUUAAAGCUCCUGUCGAGCAAAUAAAGGUUGACUUUGGUAUUUUUCAACCUGGAUCCUAUUUUCCCAUUUUCUUGUUUAAACGUAUUCGGUGUUGAACGUGAGUGCUGCAGGCAGCGCCCACAAAACGGGCUGCAGUGUCACCACUUGGGGCAUUUGUACACUGUCAAUUUAAAGCUUGUUUUUGUCAGUGACAGGCUCAGAUUGUUAUUAGGUGUCUGUCAACAUUAUGGAAAGGAUCCCUACAGAGAUAGAUCUUUCUGUUAUAAUGUAGGAUUCUUUUUCGUUUCAUCAGAAAUGACGAACGACCCUAAAAUCGCUGGCAUCACCAGACUCCAUUUGAAUAAACAGUAAUUUUAGCGUGGAUAGCGCCAGCAUAUUUUCACAUCUAAGUCAGUGAAUUAAGAGUUUAUUUCAACCAAACCAGAGUUUGUGAUCGUUGAAACAGUGAAAACACAAGCAGAGACAGUUUCUUUGAGUUUUAUUUUGUUUCUGUCGAUUGUAAAUUAAGUCUGUUUUACGAUUCUAAAAUGACUGUUUACAUAAAUGGGGUUUGGCAGUUGUGAUUUGGGGGCUGUUUCUAGAUGUUCUAAUCCCUGAUACACAUACUUGAGACUAUGAGUGGGAGUGAUAGAUGGAUAGAAAAGUAGGACAGAGCGUAGGGAAGGCAGAGCCAAGGAGAGACAUUUGUGCAGACUGAAUUCUCCCCCCUACUCCCUCAUUUGAUGAGGGAAGAGAGAAGAAACUAACCUAACCCACUAAACAAAAAGGAUCUUACUCUAUCGUCUCUGUAGGGCUCUUUCCCAUAAUGUUGUCAGACACUUAAUAAUCUGAGCCUUUCAGUGACAAAACAAGCACUUUCAGUGGAUGCGCAGCCUGUUUCACUGCUGCUGGCUGCAGAGCUGUCCCUCACUACCAGUUUCAAAUCAUGAUUGUCUAUGUUAGUCACGAAAACAACUCAUACUACACCCUUAUUCCUGCCACUAAAAGGUCAGCACGUCACAUUCAAAGUUAAACUGCUUCAUUAGCACAAACAACAUCCGUGCACAGGUCUUGACUUGACUCUAAGCUGUCUGGUCAGACCUGAUUAGCAAAGUAAAACUGUUUGCGCAACUCUUGACAUGAGAGAGACAAAGAAAUAAGAAACCUUCCUGUUUAUCAGCACUACUCACUGACUCACAAAUUCAAACCGCAACUUAACUUUUGACUCAGUCUUGGUUGACAUUAUUACACUGCGGACAGGGAGCACUAUCUUUGUAUAUCAGUGUUAUCAACACCUGUUUUCAGCGUUUUUAAUUUUUUUUUUUUUUUUUUUAAAGUUUAAAAAUAGGACUGUUGUCUCAAACCAUUAAGGAACAUAACUGCUCUAGUUUAGCUGAAAAUUAAAUAUCACCAAGCUCCAGAUGUGCAUCUGGCACAGACCAGCUGACCAAGACCGUUUGACUCUGCUCUUGAAAUCUCAGUCCGUACACCAAAGCAAGCCUAUCUUACUGUGCUGCAACACAGUAUGCUACCUUAAUGCUCCAGAGACAGACUUCCACCACGUGACAGAGUCCUCCAGGUGUCUCUCUGAACUAAUGCUGAUACAGACAUGCUCUGUCUUUGUCUGUAACAUUUAACAAACCUCACUAAAGGCCAUUUGUAACACUGCCUUCCACUUACACGUAUGUCCUGAAUUGAGAUGUGGUGGCAUCAUGUAUUCUUCCUGAGCAUGCAAACUGCAGAAUGUUUGUACUUUUUCUACGCUUUCACUCAAUACGCAUCAGCUACCGUCUGUAACCUAACCCGCAGCAGUCCAGUAUAUUGUUGCUAACGUACACUAUGCAUGUCACAUUGUAGAAUAGGCAUUCCACAUCAGACUACACACCAUGUGAUACUGCACUAUUAAUACUAACACACUGUUUAUAAAUCUCUUUUUGUAUUGUUUGUUAGCUUUUAUGAGAGAAUAUUUUUAUUUCAUUUUCAUAUACUUGUCAGUGUUCGUACACAAGUGUGAAAUGAAGAAAUAGGUCAUUAUCUUCUCAAGCAAUCCCUUUGCAGAAGCAUCAAGUGCCUUUUUGUUUGUACUGAUUUGGUGCUUGGAAACCAGGAACGGACAGUUUUUGUUAUUGCUAUGGUUUAAACAAAACUGUGUUUUGUAAUAUAUUUCCCACAUUUUCAACUAGACCAUGCAUUUCAUCUUUCCUAGCUGAUGUGAGUACAUUGAUAUACUGGAUAAGUACACUGGGCUGCUUUUGGACAGUGUGUUGUGGUUCCUCUCAAUGGAGUGGUCAGUCUGCCUUCAUUGUAAUAUGUCUGAUAUGCUUUUCUUUUUUAAUAAACAGAUGCAAAGUGGGCCCAUUACUCUGAA